GCUAUUAUAAAAACUGAAUCUAUGUACCUUGCAACACGUGAACCAUCCCUGGUUUAACACUCCCCAAUAGAGGCGAUUGGCCAUUUCCAGGACUAAGAUGUCUCUCUGCCAAAUGGACACUUCAUCCAUCAUUAACUCAGACUUGUUUGUCUUGUUUGCGUUGAUCCUCUACUGAGUUGUGCCAAGAGCAGUGCCCAAAACUGCUCCAGUGCCGGGGCCAAAGGUCCCCAGGCACACGACGCUACAGUCUCUCAAGUCCAAGAACAUCUUAGUAGCCGGGAGUCGGCUGAGGUAGUUCUUCUGGAAGGUGUCUCUCACUGUCCACUCAACUAUGUCGUCUCGCAAUCAGGUAGCUCUGGUGACCGGGGGUAACAGGGGCAUCGGCUUCGCCAUCACGCGUGACCUGUGUCGGAAGUUCUCGGGGGACGUGGUGCUCACGGCGCGGGACGAGGCACGGGGCCAGGCGGCGGUUCAGCAGCUGCAGGCGGAGGGCCUGAGCCCGCGCUUCCACCAGCUGGACAUCGAUGACCCGCAGAGCAUCCGCGCCCUGCGCGACUUUCUGCUUGAGGAGUACGGGGGACUGGACGUGCUGGUCAACAACGCAGGCAUUAGCACCUGGCCCAAGAAUAAGCCACCAAGAAGAGAUGACUUCUUCAAGGACACCCAGCAAGAAGCAGCAAUGAAAACAAACUUUUUUGGUACCCGGGCUGUCUGCAUGGAGCUACUCCCCCUAAUAAAACCCCAAGGUGAGUCUGAUAGGUGAUCUGCUCUGAGAUCA